UGAAAGUGGAUGGAUUUUGACAAGCAGAUUCUUCGUAGUCUGCCACAUGGCACCUUUGGUUUGAACUUUGAAGAACAAGUUUGUUGAUUGGGAACAGUCCGCUUGAGAGUGGGGCAGGAUGCGUUCGCCGGAGGCGAGCAGAGGUCAGGGACCCCGCCUGUUCUCUGCAGAUAGCAGGGUAGUUCAUCCGAAUUCGGUCUAUUUUGAGCUGAAGCUGGCGGAAUAUCUUUCGUCUCUGGGUUUGUUCCUUAUUGAGAAGGAGAAGGGGAAGAAACGAGAGCCAAAUUCUGACAGAUUAUCCUGCCAUGUCAGCGUGCUCAGAGAAAUCCUCUUGUCUGGUUCCUUAGGACCGUUUCAGACUGUGAUGAACACAAUCGCGAGGGAAGUGCUUCUUUGUCUUUACAGUAACGAAGUGACAGCUUCCCCGCUCGCAAACGGCGGCGGUUAUUACGCUGGCAUCGAAAGGAUCCCAUUCUUCGUGAAGUGUGAAAACCUCUCGAAAGAACUGGAAAAAGCGCAGUCAAGAUUGGCAGCCGCAAGCGGUGGCAAUCUGAGAAACAGUUUGAGUCAGAGGAGGUUGAGUGACAGGCGUGGGUCACAGAGCACAGUAGAGAGCUUAGAGGGGGUGGAAGAACUCAAGGAACAGCUUCGUAUUGCCAAGGCAGAGAAUGAAGAACUGAGGAAGAUGAGUAUUUCACUCCAGCGCCAAAAGAAUAGGGACACCAUGUUUACUAAGGCAUCCGAGAUGAAGCGAUGGCAGCAGUCCAUUGAUGCUGCAAGGGACGGGGUCGAUAAGCUUAAGCGGAGACGGAAAGAGCGCGAGGCAUUAAGAAGAGCACUAAUGAGAAUUCCGCACUCAGGGGAAGAAACUGUACGGGGUGAAGCGGACACGAUACCAUUCGCAGGAGGUGUUGAGCGUCCUGUCUCAGCAACACGGCGCCCUUUAUCACGAUUAUCCAUACCUGCACUUGAGUUUCAUGCAGAGGAUGGACGCAGGGGACUCCUAACAUCUCGGACACAACAGGAUCUAGUGGACUGCAUAUUGAACGAGUCUGACCUAUUAUCUGUCAGAAAUAAGUUGUUGGAUAGGUACGAAGAGGCUUGGGACAUGGGAGCCACCAGUGCGGUCCAGGAUAUCCAGCAACACUUCGUGAAAGCGAUGACCUCUGUGCAGGAGGAGUUACACAAGUUGGAUACGCAGAUACAGCAUGCCAAUCUCCAGAACAGACCAUCAAAUCCAUCCACAUCUGGAAAUGGAAGUGCGAGCUCAAACAGGUUGAUCGAUCAAGUGGAAGCACAGGGAGAAAAAGGGAUCAACUUAGUACAGAAACUGUCACCGGGAAGGCGUGCAGGUGGCAGAGGAGAGCGUGUGCUCUUCAGGAUUGAGGUUUCCUGCGACAAUGGGGGUGGGUAUCGAGUACUGGGCGAGAACGAGUUUCCUAAUGUGCGGUCUGUCGGUUCUUCUCCCCGCAGCCCCACUGAUGCACCCCUCGUUCAGCAACCUUUUUCUUCGGGAAGCCCUACAAAUUCAUCUCUCAUUCGGCGACUCCCCCAGGACGCCACACAUCUUCGGGUAAGCUGGCUGGCCACUAGCCGUAGUGUUGUCCUUGUCAGCGACGACAACCGCACUCCCAACAGGCAGCUCGGAUUGAGGUUGCCUCUCAUCAAUUCUGCUUUGGCAAAUGCCAGCUCAGCGCAAUUGCCUGCCUCACCCCGUAGCCCUGCUUCGGUUGAAUCCGUAGCACCGGUAAGUCCAAGGACAAAGUCAUCCAGUGGGAGUGUGACUGAAGAUGACUCAAUAGCUGUCGGUAGUGACCAAGAUACAGGCUUGGCUGCUGUUCUCGAAAACAGCGAAAACCAGAGGAACAACACUGAGGCUUCAGUGGAAGGCAUCAAGCUGACACAGAAAUCUUCCCGGAGGGCGUCAGGAUCAUCCGGCAAAGGAAGGACCUUGAAAUCAUCCUCCCGGAGGGUGUCAGUGUCAUCAGAGAAAGGAGGUAAAGAGAGAGGAAAAGGUCGAGGAGAUAGAAGAGGAGGACAAGGGCGAGGAAGGGGUGCUUCGGGUCUGAGUGUGCACCGGGGGUAUUGGGCUGACUUCAGAAGGAGGUCUACGGAUCCUUUGUGGCAUGGCUAUUUUUACAUCUUGCGCAAGGAAGAUUCAUCCGAAACUUAUGAACCUGCGGUUGUGGGUGCCAGCAGACUCCAUCGAGGGGACAGGUCAAGAACACUUAGCUUGGAGAAGUUGUUGAAAGCCAUCGAAGAAAUGCUCUCAGCAAAGUGGAAGCAUGACACCUCACAUUCCCCUGCCACCAAUGGGACUGAGACAGGGAUUGGGACUGGGACUGGGACUGGGACUGGGACUGGGACUGGGACUGGGACUGGGACUGGGACUACUGGGAUUGGCUCUGACAUUUGGACUGGGAAUAGAACCAUGUCUGGGUUUUGGCUUGUAGCCCACACUGCUACGCAGGAUCAGACCCACCGGCCACUGAAAGCCCUUCCGGUGGGGGUCACCAGUGUUUGGAUUUCCCUGCACAAUUUUGUCUACAAGUACCUGGAAGAGAAGUACGUCAGCAGGUUAAGCAUACUUCUGAUCGCUCACGGACUCUUAGCUGCAAUCGAGCAAUUACGAAAGAUGAGCUAUGUUGUAGAAAUGUUCAGGGGUGUCCUUGUUGGACAACUCCCAGAUGCCGCCUGGCGGUAUACCAUGCAGUGGAGGCGACUGCUCAACCUCAGUCCAGUCAGUUCCAUCGAGGAGUACGCCGAGUUUGUGGAUAUGCUGUACCCUGGCAUCAGCAAUGCCGAGUUGAGAUGCCUGUUAACUGAUUUCGUAAAUUUUUGUACAUCUGGAAUGACCGACUUCGAAGUCCUGGAGUUUCUAACAAGUCGACUGCUGGCAGGGACCGAGCCUCGAUUUCAGAGAUGGUACAGGAUCCUCAAGUCUAAAGCAGUGCACAUGCGAAAGGAUGACUUUGACACGAACACGUUCUUAGACAUUGCAUCCAGAUCUUUUCCAGCCAUUGAUCAGAAAGACACCGUGAUUGCCUAUAAUACUGCCAUGUGGGCGAGCGGCGGUGAGCCACUGACGGCGUGUAAUGCUGCCUUCAUCUUCUGCUCCUUUGACGCCUCCCUCAUAACUGCAUAAUAGUUGAUGUCCGGACUGCAACUAACUGAUGCCAGAAUCC